AAGUAUAGUGGCAGAACAAAUAGGGAGAACACAUCUGAACAUUAAAAAUAAAACUUGGACAUGCAUUGAUUUAAAUAAAAUAAUAAGAGGGAGUUAUAUUGGUAUUUUGCACUAUAUUGUUAAUAUACGGGCUAAACUGCAAGCGCAACAUAUUCCUUUAAUGAAUGUAACAAACAUUAAUUGCUUGUAACACAUGUUUACGAAUAAAGGUCGAAGGUUUUAGGUACACUGAUAACAGUUGGUAAGAGUAGAUAAGAGACAAUAGAUAAGUGAGGAAUGACUAUGAAUAUAUUAUCCAUUAAGUAAACGUAAACAGUGAAGAAACGGUGUCAGACUCCUCGUAUAUGUAAAUUAUACAUGUCGUCGCAGCGAGCGCGGAAUGUGAGUCCAAAGGAAGAGAUGAGGCGUCUUAAUUACGACGACAUAACUAACGAGGACACGUCGUUUUACGAUUACGCCGCAAGACUGCAAACGGGAGGCCUGGAUAGCCACAUUGACAUGACGCUUCAGGAAAUGGCGGUAGGCAACAGUGAACCCGAGAAAAAGACCAUGUGCGAAAGCGCAAAGUUUCGACGCAUAAAGAGCUUGACGUUAACGGCAUGUUUUCUCAUGGGAUGUUCGGUGUAUUUGGGAUUUGCAGUGUACCUGAAUCCGUCAGAGUCUGUGUUCGUGUGCAUUGUUGGUGCCCUGAUAUUCAUGUUCUCAGUAAAUGCACUCGCAAGUGGACGUUUCUUCUCGUGUAUUCAACGUUACGCCACGAAAGUGAAAAAGUGUGUAAAACUUAAAAAUAGCCGUCGUGUUUUCGUGCGGAGACUCAUUACGGUAGCAGCGAUCAUAGGCAUCUUAGUGUUUCUCGUACAUGGAUAUAUGGGAUGAAUGGCACAAAUGGACGCCGGUCGGAGGUCUUGCAUUCUUCGUGAUUAUUUCUGUCAUUUUCUCCACGAAUUUCAGAAAGAUAAACUGGGUGACGGUGAUCUGGGGCGUACUGCUCCAGUUCGCGCUGGGGCUGCUGAUCCUGCGCUGGGAGCCAGGUUUCCGCGCGUGCCAGUGGUUCGGGGACCAGGUAACCGCCUUCCUCGCUCAUACGGACCGGGGAAGCAGUUUCGUCUUCGGGGAGAAGUACCUUGACCAUCCGGUCGCGUUCAAGAUACUUCCGGUUGUGGUGUUCUUCAGCGCCGUGGUGUCCGUGCUUUACUACGUGGGCGCCAUGCAGGCCGUCAUCCGGGGCAUAGCCUGUGUGCUACAGUGGUCACUCAAUACCACCCCCAUCGAGUCCUUCGCCACCGCCGCGCACAUCUUUAUCGGCCAGGUUGAGUCCAGUGUGGCGCUGCGGCCGUUCUGGACACGGCUGACCGAGUCAGAGAUUCACGCCGUAAUGACCGGAGGGUUCGCAACCGUCGCCGGCACCGUCAUCGCAGCUUACGUCGAAUUUGGGGUGCGGGCGGAACACGUUAUUUCCGCUUCGUUCAUGUCGGCGCCAGCGGCACUGGCCAUAGCCAAGAUAUCGGUGCCAGAGACGCAGAUAUCCAACAUCAAAACGCAGAAUGAGAUCAAAUUACCAUCGGGACAGGAAACUAACCUGAUAGAGGCGUUGUCUGUGGGUGCCACCAUGGCUAUCAAGCUGAUCGCCUACGUCGUCGUAAACCUCAUAGCGUUCAUAUCCAUCCUCGGUUUCCUAGACGACAUUCUCGGAUAUUUAGGGUCAAAGGUCAACUUUCCCGAGCUGAGUUUUCAGCUUGUGUGUUCGUACGUUUUCAUGCCGUUAGCCGCCAUGAUCGGCGUUGAUUGGGCUGAUACCCGGCUUGUUGGUGCGCUCAUCGGAAAGAAGGUGGUUAUCAACGAGUUCUUGGCGUACAUAGACCUGGGAACCAUGAUUAAAGGAAGGACAUUGAGCGAUCGGUCAGCCAUACUAGCGACAUAUUGCCUGUGCGGGUUCGGCAGCAUCCCGGCCCUAGGGAUCAACCUUGGCGCCCUAUCGUCCGCCGCGCCCGACCGCCGCUCCGACUUCGCGCGACUCAUCCUACGCGCGAUGAUCAACGGAAACAUUGCCUGCUUCAUGACCGCCUGCGUCGCAGGCUUGCUGUAUCAAAGUUCGGCAGAUCCGGGUAUAAAUGGCGGAUAUUUCAACUCCACUAACAGUAGCGUCGCUAACACUAAUUCUACGACCGUAUUUAAUACAGAAGAUUUUAUUAUGAGCACGACGUCCAUUGGUUGAAUACCUCGUUUUACUUUAUAUAUUCCAAAAUAAGACCUCAUACUACUUAAUAUUUCCUUGGCUCUUAAACGUCCAUAAUUUUGGUUAAUCAUUUUGCGCUAUAUCAUGUGAAUACUUAUUACAAAAUGCCCUUUCAAUCUGCAUACAAAAAGUGCAAUACAUACGAAAUGUAGUUUGCAAUAAAAAUGUUAUUACCAUACCACCGAUAUGUUGUUUUAGAUCAAAGUCUAGGAACAACGGUUGAUCUUAAAUGAUUUUUCAAUAUCAAAAUAUACUGGUAUUAAAACAAAUUAUUUUUACAGUAGCAAAGUAACAUCUUAGUUUUAUUAGAUGAUUUCUAGAAAUGUAAUAUGGCUCCAUUAAAGUUUUUUCAGCAAAGAUUUAUUGAAAAACUUAAAUGAAGCCAUAUUAUAUUAUUAUAUUAUAUACAGAACAUGUUACAAUUGGUGUUUAGCUAUUUUGGAAGUUAUAUCAUAUAUACAAUACAUGACAAAUUCAACCUUAUAUUCCACAAUACAUAAAUAAAUGAUACAUGAAUGAGUUUAUUAAAGAAUACGUUCAUAUAAAAAUAAAUACUUAAUACUUAAAAUUCCUAACACAAAACUUAAAGGCUAGUACCACUGCAAUACUGGAAUCACAUCCCAGUAUAUUGCAUGGACACUGGACUGUCUAGCAGUGACUUAAAGGCUCAAAGGUGAAGAUCCGUAAUUAUUUACCGAUUUUUAAAUAUUUUUUUCAUAUUUUAUUUAUAAAGGUUAUCAAAAAACAAUAUAUAUAUGCUAUUGGACAUUACAAUAAAAAAUAAGCAAAACAACUUGUUUUGAGCUAAAAAUAAAGUGUCCUCCAAGUCAAUUGUGUUUACAAACAAUCAGUUUAUUUACCGGUACAUCGCUGUUUACUCGGAAAAGAGAAAGUGAAA